AUGCGUGCAAAACUACGUCGCCUAUGUGUGCAUAUAAAAGCGCAACCGUACAUUCUCGACUUGAUCUCCCCUAACACUUUCCCCUCUAUUCAUAUAGCUGCUGCUCUCGGAGUUCCUCUACCUCGCCAGGGCUGCCGCAGUUUGAUCAGCACUGCCGUGAUUCGUGGUUCCCGAGAUGACUGCCAGUCAUCGAGCAGCGCGCCUGACAUCAACCGGUUGAUUGAAGACCAUGUGGCGCUUGUGACUCCGACUCCUGCUGCCGUCAGCCCUGACGAUAUGCUGGUGCCAACUGCACCAUGUGUUCCCGAGGUCUAUCCACUAGAGACAUUGCACAAUUCUCUAACACUUUCCCAGUUGGAAGCCUUCUUAGCCCGAUUGGCUUUCGUCAAGUUGCCUACUCCUUUCACUUCGCCACAUUGUCCAUCCACUCCCGUGUCACAACGAUUUUCCCGUCAGCGUUCCGGGCCUACUCCCACGGUCGUGCCAACGCCUUCCACCACUGCCGUCAGUUCCGCCUCCCACGUCAACCCCGGCUCUAUAUCUUCGUCUAAUCUGAUGCAGUUACUUCGACAGUUAAAUACAGCCCAUUCUCAGGCAAAUACUACUACCCCUGGAAAUGAAUCUACACAUGUUUUGGGGCCUGGCGAUGAAAGAGUUGUACAUCUUCUGCCUGCCAACUCGGAUCCGAUAUUUUUGGGACAACAGUCGCGAGUGCCAGUAGCUGCCGGGCAGCGUUGUGUCCUCGGCCGGCCUCGGGAAUUUAGCUCGGAUAACCGUGGCAAUAGUAGCUAUGCCGAAUUCGAUAGUCUUGCUAGCAACCUUAGUUAUCUGGGUCUUUGUUUCAGUAAACAAGUAAGCAUUAAUGAUAUUCACGAUCAACACUUCCAACACCAACCUUAUAACACUCAGAAGCAACAUCUUUCUACAGAAAUCUCGUUCACCGGAUCUACAGGCAUGGAAAGCAACGAGAAUCUUUUUCAUUUGGCAGCUGACUCAACUGAACCUCAUGAGAAUCGCGGCAGCAUGGACGGUGGUUUAGACUGGUGGCCGGGCCCUACAUCAAAUGUAUUACCUGGGCAAUCAGCAGUUCCACUUUCUUGGACGCUGCAGAUGUCUGGAGCCCGGAGUACAGACGAACCAACCACUUUGAUUUCGGCUUCAUUCGGAACCGCUACUAGCAACACUACUGAUUCAAAAGAUGAUACAAACCAAGCAUUUCGUUUUGGAGUAUCCCCACCGCAGCAACUGCUGGCAGUAGCUGCUGUUGAGACAAACGCUUCGGCCCGGACCACGACGACACUUUUGACAAUAGAGCACGGGUCUGAUGUUGCUGAAUCUGCAUCGUCUGAUGCCAAGAAGUGUCAUAUUCAUCCGGGCCGGAUUUUUACUCGGGAUACGCACGAUCUCUAUGGAGGAGAGGAAGAGAAAGAAAGAUGCGGAGAGGGAAAUUAG